GAGCGGGUCUCCGGUCGGGUCGUCCGGGCGUCUCAUGGCCGCUAGCAGCUCCCUGGUGCCCGACCGGCUGCGCCUGCCGCUCUGCUUCCUCGGCGUCUUUGUCUGCUAUUUCUACUAUGGGAUCCUGCAGGAAAAGAUCUCCAUCCUGUACGGAUAUUUUUUUCCUUCGGCUACGGGAUCAGCAGCCUGGAAUGUCUAGUUUCUAGAUCCAAUAAAAUCAGCUCCUGAUGUCAAUGAGCCCGGUGAUCCUUACCAAACUCUCCCUACGUCUAGAGAGAACAAGAGGAAAGUAUGGGGAAGGAGCCAAGCAGGAGACGUUCACUUUUGCCUUAACUUUGGUCUUCAUCCAGUGCGUGAUCAAUGCUGUGUUUGCCAAGAUCUUGAUCCAGUUUUUUGACACAGCUAGGGUGGAUCGUACUCGGAGCUGGCUCUAUGCUGCCUGUUCUGUCUCCUAUCUGGGUGCCAUGGUCUCCAGCAACUCAGCACUACAGUUUGUCAACUACCCAACUCAGGUCCUUGGUAAAUCGUGCAAGCCCAUCCCAGUCAUGCUCCUUGGAGUGACCCUUUUGAAGAAGAAGUACCCAAUGGCCAAGUACCUGUGUGUGUUGCUAAUUGUGGCUGGAGUGGCCCUUUUCAUGUACAAACCCAAGAAGGUAGUCGGGAUAGAAGAACACACAGUUGGCUAUGGAGAGCUGCUCCUGCUCUUGUCUCUCACCCUGGAUGGACUGACCGGCGUUUCCCAGGACCACAUGCGGGCUCACUACCAAACGGGCUCGAACCACAUGAUGCUGAACAUCAACCUUUGGUCGACAUUGCUGCUGGGAGCUGGAAUCCUGUUCACUGGGGAGCUCUGGGAGUUCUUGAGCUUUGCCGAAAGGUACCCUACCAUCAUCUAUAACAUCCUGCUAUUUGGCCUGACUAGUGCCCUGGGCCAGAGCUUCAUCUUCAUGACAGUGGUAUAUUUUGGUCCCCUGACCUGCUCCAUCAUCACCACAACUCGAAAGUUCUUCACCAUUUUGGCCUCUGUGAUCCUCUUCGCCAACCCCAUCAGCCCCAUGCAGUGGGUGGGCACUGUGCUUGUGUUCUUGGGUCUUGGUCUCGAUGCCAAGUUUGGGAAAGGAGCCAAGAAGACAUCCCACUAGGAAGAGAGAGACUACCUCCACUCCAAGAAUAUUUUAAGUUAUUUUCUCGAACAGUGACAUCUUUUGGGAAAAUGGACGCAAUAGAGAUAAAGGACUAGGUUUCAGUCUGGGUAUUUUUUGUUGCUGUUGUUAUUUUUUUUUUAAGGAAGCAAAAUCACAUACUCUAAAAAAAGCAUUUGGAUUUUAACAAGA